CAGCUCGAGCCGGUCCUUGAGUGUGGGUGUGGGUGUGGGGCAACUUGGGUGGGAGCAGCGUGGAGGCUACCCCGACGGAGUCCCGCGCCCCGAGGCUGGGGUGUGUGCAGGAAGAGCGAGGAUAAAUAGGAGGCUCCCUCCGCCCGGGCUGCACUCCCGGAGCCGCCCGCGCCCCGGGUGUUGCCUGCCCAGGCCCGGGUGCCCGGCUGAGAAGUAGUUUCGUUUCCGGCUGGCCAGAGAGAGUGGUUUCCAGGCCCGCCCUCGGGCGCCCGCGGCCGGGGAAGGGGCGCAGGAGGAGGGGGACUCGUCCAGGGGCUGCCCGGCCCCGCAGCGCGGGGUUGAUGGACCGGGCCGCCCCGGGCAGCGGCGCCGGCUCCCUGCCACUGCUCCUGGCCCUCGCCCUGGGUCUAGUGAUCCUCCACUGUGUUGUGGCAGAUGGGAAUUCAACCAGGAGUCCGGAAAAGGAUGGCCUUCUCUGUCGAGAUCCUGGGGAAAACUGCGCAGCUACCACCACGCAGUGGAAGCGGAGAGGCCACUUCGCGCGGUGCCCCAAGCAGUACAAGCACUACUGCAUCAAAGGGCGAUGUCGCUUCGUGGUGGCCGAGCAGACGCCGUCGUGCGUCUGCGAUGAAGGCUACACUGGGGCGAGAUGUGAGAGAGUUGACUUGUUUUACCUCAGAGGAGAUAGAGGGCAGAUUUUGGUUAUUUGUUUGAUAGCAGUUAUGGUCAUUUUUAUCAUUUUGGUGGUCGGUGUCUGCGCAUGCUGUCAUCCUCUUCAGAAGCGUCGUAAAAGAAGGAAGAAGGAAGAAGAAAUGGAAACUCUGGGUAAAGAUAUAACUCCAAUAAAUGAAGAUAUUCAAGAGACUAGUAUUGCUUAAUGGCUAUGAAGUUACCUCCAGGCUGGUGGCAAGCUUCAAGAUGCCUUGCUCAUUAG